UAUUGUUGAACAUGUAAUACAGUCAUUAUUAAGAAUUUUGAGUUGGUAGAAAUGCAAUCCGAACGAGAACGAAAUUGAACGGAUGAACGACUUUUUAUUAUUUCACGAUCCGGAUUGUUUUUUGUUUCGUUCACAGGUUUGACCCGUUCAUUUUGAUCCGUUCGUUCGCGACUUCGCGUACGACACAUCUCUAAUUAUGCCUAAAGUUCGAAGGAGCCGAAAACCGCCUCCGGAUGGGUGGGAACUUAUAGAACCAACGCUAGAAGAAUUGGAGCAAAAAAUGAGAGAAGCUGAAACUGAAUCUCAUGAAGGCAAACGUAAAGUAGAAGCAUUGUGGCCAAUUUUCAAAAUUCAUAACCAAAAAUCAAGAUAUAUUUAUGAUUUGUUUCAUAGACGUAAAGCUAUUUCUAGAGAAUUGUAUGAUUUUUGCUUGCAAGAAAAAAUUGCUGAUCAAAAUUUAAUAGCAAAAUGGAAAAAACAAGGUUAUGAAAAUCUAUGUUGCCUCCGUUGUAUUCAAACUAGAGAUACAAAUUUUGGAACUAGCUGUAUAUGCAGAGUCCCAAAAUCUAAACUAGAAGAAGGUCGAAUUGUGGAAUGUGUGCAUUGUGGAUGUAGAGGUUGUUCCGGCUAAAUAAACACAAUAUACUAGUUAUAUGAUUAUUGUAUUAAUUAUAUUCUUAAUAUGUGUAAAGAAUUUAUUUCUAUAUUAAUAAGUGUGCAGUAUAAGACUGAAAUUAAAACAGCAUACUAACUGAAAACUCUAUAAAUUAGACAUUUUUAAUUUCUAUAAUGAUUAUGUUAAGUACAAWCUGCAUUGGUUUUUAUGAUAAAAAUUUUUGAUAACAAAUAUUGAUCUUUCUUACUAUUAUUUCAAUUAAGAAUUUAUUUUGACAUUGCAUGCAAUCAAAAUAUUUAUUUUGGUAGUUAUAUAUUUUACCAAACAAUUGUUCCUUCUCGUAAAAAUAGUAAAGGUACUAUUUAAGUAAUUUCAAGUAUUGGACUUUAAUAUGACAACGGCAAUGAGUGCUUCUAAUUUGCAUUAAGUGCCGCACAUUCGGGAGCAUCACUAUAUUAUUACAACUAUAAUUAUGUAAUAUA